UAACCUUCACCUUCUUCUUCAGUUCACACCUACUCUCUCCUUCUCUCCCUGUUGAAUGGCCAGAUCCGUUGCUCGCACCCUAACCCUAUCUACCAAAUCCAUGUCUCCUCUCUCUCGUCUCCUUCCUCACCGGAACCAAUCCAACCAGCCCUCCUCCUCUGAUGUCGUCGACGUCGAUGCUGCUUCUUGCAACACCGAUCCUCUAAUUCGCAAGCUUGAGGACGCAAUCCAGUGCAUCAUCGUUCGCCGAUCCGCCCCUGACUGGCUCCCCUUUUAUCCCGGCGCUUCUUACUGGGUCCCUCCACCUUCCACGCCUUCCAAUGGUCUCGCCAAUUUGCUCCAUAACCUUACCGAUCCCCCCGCUCAGCAGGAUUCUCCGCCCCUCACCUCCCCUGGAGCCUGGCCUUCUCCUUCGUAUUUCAUCCAGGGUUCUUCUCCACACCCGACGGAGAUUGAGGCAACAUCUAAUUGUAAUGCUUGCUCCGAGGAUGAGGAAGGAUGAGGAUUUUUACUUGUUCACAAAUUGCAUCUGAGGUCUACAAAGCUGCAUGUUCGUGGCUUUUCUAUGAGAAAAGAAAUUAGCACCUGACUGUAAAAUAUAUGAAGUGAACAGAAACAAAUUAUGUCAAUGUUAGGCAUGUCUUGGUAUUUAUGUCAUCAUAUGGUUUUAGACUUCUAAAUCCUCUUUGAUUAACAAUAGAUGAACUGUGCUGAUGAAGAUGUAAUAAUGUAAGAAACUAAUGUAGUUCUAGCUGGACUUCCAUGUGGACUUUUUUGCACCUGGAGAGAAUUUUGUUCCUGGGUUGUGUUGCUUGGAGCAUAAGUCAGAGUUUGUUUUUAUAUUAUAUAUAAAUUUGAGGCAUCUUUUAAUGAUAUAGAUUGUC